AUGAACCGAUUGGUUGCGUUUGUAGUACUAUGUGUAACCGUUUUGGCGGUUGCUGAGGACACAUCACUUCGGUCACCGACAUGGCAAGGUCGUAUUGUUGGAGGCAUGAAUGCGGCAUCGGGACAGUUCCCGUACCAAGUAUCGUUGACAUCGUUAUCUUACCAGCAUUUUUGCGGUGGUGCAAUCAUCGGUGAUCGUUGGAUCUUGACGGCAGGGCACUGCCUGAUCAACCGUAAGCCAGAGAACGUGAUUGCCGUUAUUGGAGCGCUUAGGAGCGCUCAGGGAGGCUUCAACUACGAUGCACAACAAUUUAUCGUGCAUCCCAAUUUCAACGAAUGGACGCAGGAGAAUGAUAUUGGUAUAGUGCGCACCAAGUGGACGAUCCACUUUAACACGGCCGUGUUUCCGGUGAAGAUGGCACGAACAUACACACCUGCCAACCGGGCUGUUCUUGCUUCUGGAUGGGGACUGACCACGCUCAACGUUCCUAAGCCGGCCGAUGUGUUGCAGUUCGUGGCUCUGCGUACAAUCAGCAACGAUGACUGUUCGCAGCGUUUCCAAAGCCUCCAGAAUCGAGUCAUCACACCGAGCAAUUUGUGCACGUUCAGCCGAAGCGAAGAGGGCACUUGUUUGGGAGACUCCGGUGGCCCACUGGUAAACGACGGUGAGUUGGUCGGUCUCGUGUCGUGGGGAAUUCCGUGCGCCGUCGGCUAUCCGGACGUGUACGUGCGUGUUGCAUCGUUCCGCGCCUGGAUUACUGCAAUCACUGGUGUGUACUAA